UCAAUAAAUUCCGCGGUCACACUGCUCUACAGUGGAAAUUGUGUCGAAAAUAUUGUUUUUUUUUUUAUUGCAAUUUAUACGCCAAUAUCAACGUCGGAGUUAUGUCCGGAACGCCGUUGCAUGCGACCAACCUGUCGUGCGGCCACACGUUUGGCAUCCGUUAUUAAUUCAAUCAGCCGCAGCCGAGCCGUAGCCGCAACAGCUGAGAGCAGCAGCAGUAGCCGCAGCCGCAGCCGCAACCAGCAGAGACCAAAUAUCGCAACUAGUGAGAGAGAGACAGACAUCCAGAGCAAGCGUCACAGAGAGAGCUAGAUAGAGAGCGGAGUCAAAGUCAAAGCGGGAGAGAGUGCUGUGCUUCUUACACGAAAGCUAAGCGAAGUAGCGUUCUCCCCACCGCUCACCGCUCUACACACCGUCGUAUACGAUAUACGGCACACAACAACAACUACGGACAACGGUAAUUAAAAGGAAAUUUAACAGCGGAGCGAGCAGUCACCGCCGCCGGUCCUACAGAUUCAUUCCUACAGCGCUCUGCUCCUCCGCGUCCGCGUCCGUAUCUUCGCUUGUUCAUUCAUUCGUUCGCUCGCUCGUUCGUUCGUAUAAAAAUAGCAACGCCUUAAACGAUCUCAUCAACAUCAUCAGCCACAGCAUCGAGCAUCGAGCAUCAAGCACCAGCAUCGGGACCCAUCCGUAGCUGUAUCAGCAUACGACGGAGCAGCAUACUUCCGCUUGAGGAUCACCGCUUGAGAGUAAGCGAGGAGGCAGGUCAGAGGCCGACAAAACACCGACAAAAUUUCACUGGAUCUAAUGGCCAAGGAUGAGGAGGAUGAUCUGCUGCCCGACAAGGAUGCAGCCAAAGGCUUCUAUGCCAAAUAUGAGCCCAAAGAGAUCCUGGGCAGGGGCAUCAGUUCCACGGUGCGCCGUUGCAUUGAGAAGGAGACGGGCAAAGAGUUUGCGGCGAAGAUCAUAGACCUGGGCGCCACAACUGAGGCGGGUGAAACGAAUCCAUAUCAUAUGCUCGAAGCAACCCGACAGGAAAUCUCAAUAUUGCGCCAGGUCAUGGGACAUCCCUACAUAAUCGAUCUGCAGGACGUGUUUGAGUCAGAUGCAUUUGUUUUCCUCGUAUUUGAGCUGUGCCCCAAAGGCGAGCUCUUUGACUAUCUGACCUCGGUGGUGACGCUCUCCGAGAAGAAGACGCGCACCAUUAUGCGACAGAUAUUCGAGGGCGUUGAAUACAUCCAUGCCAAGAGCAUUGUGCAUCGCGACCUCAAGCCGGAGAACAUUCUGCUAGACGAGAAUCACAAUGUGAAGAUCACGGACUUUGGCUUCGCCCGACAGCUGCAGGAGGGCGAGAAACUUACAGAUCUGUGCGGCACGCCUGGCUACCUGGCACCGGAGACGCUCAAGUGCAACAUGUUCGAGGGCUCUCCCGGAUAUUCCCAGGAAGUGGACAUUUGGGCCUGUGGCGUGAUCAUGUUUACGCUGCUCGUCGGCUGUCCACCCUUCUGGCACCGCAAACAGAUGGUGAUGCUGCGCAACAUAAUGGAGGGAAAAUACAGCUUCACUUCGCCGGAGUGGGCCGAUAUUUCGGAGGAUCCCAAAGAUCUGAUACGCAAAUGUCUAGUCGUUGAUCCUGCGCAACGUAUCACCGUCACGGAAGUAUUAAGACAUCCAUUCUUUAACCAAAUGCUGUUCGAGCAAAACAUUGAUGGCCUCAAGCGCAGCCUGUCGACCAAGUCCAGAAGAAUGAGUCGCAUCACCGAAAUUGCACUGGUUCUGAUGGGUGAUCUGACCACGGCGCGACCAUCGCCCACGUCUGCCUAUGCCCCGGGCAGAUACCAGAAUAGUGCUGCUUCUGCAGCGUCUGCCAGCGUCAGUGGCAACAAUGACAAUGCCGCUCCCGCUGCGUUCCGCUAUGACCGAAUCAAUAGCAAUGGUGGCGGUGGCGGCGGCCCCAAUCCCUGCGGCUCCUCCUACCUCUACUACAGUGCGCCCCAGAGCUCGUAUUCAUCGAAUCGAUUGAGGGAUGUGCUGCCGCCCCCCGACCUGGAUGACCCCACCUCGCCGUGUACCUCUGCGAACAGUUACAAGACCCUAACGGCAACGGUCUACUAUCAGCAGCAGCCGCAGCAACAGCAGCAGCACCAACAGCAGCACUACCAGCAGCAGCAUCAGCAGACGGCGCGGGCAAAUGCCGGCAAUAAUUAUGAAAGUGCCGCGCAGCAGCAGCAUUUAUUGCAUGCACAAGUGCAGCUUCGCAAACAGAGCCGCUUCAAUGCGCGCAAAAAGUUCCAAUUCGCCAUAUUAGUGAUACGCGCUGUCAUUAGGAUACGCCGACUGCGGUUCACCGCCGAGCCGCUGCACGUUGAGGAGGCCAUACGCGAUCCCUAUCGCGUCAAGGUGCUGCGCAAGGUUAUCGAUGGGUGCGCCUUCCGUGUUUACGGUCAUUGGGUUAAGAAGGGCGAGGGCCAGAACCGCGCCGCUCUCUUUGAGAAUACUCCGCGCACCGAGCUGCACGCACUCUACAUCAACAAUCUCAGUCGAUAGAAGGAGCAGGAUGAGGAGGAGGAGGAGGAGCCAGUUCAUCCAGCCAAUUGUCAACCCAACACAAAAUCCCCAAACAAAACGCCAUUCGCCAGCAGCCGCCUUUACACCUGCAGUUUGCUCUAACCCAUCCAUCAAUCGGGGCAACACACAUAUCUCGCGGAACAUCACGUCUGUUCCACCCCACGGUGCGGUGGGACGGAGGGAGGGAGAGGAGCAAACGCCUUUAUCUAUAUAGACAUACAUAUAUUAUACACAAAUAGGUAUACAUAUAUACACAUAUAGAUUCAUUCAAAUGUGGAUUCCAAUCUUAUUUAUUUCUGUGAGCAAAAACCAAAUUGCACUUACAACUUUUUGUACAUUUUUUAACGAUAUUUACGCUACAAAAACAACAACAACAACAAAACCCCUUAUGUUUCCCCCAAACACCAACAGCAGCAAGAAGAUGAAGAAUAAAUUUUGAUGUGAGAAACAAAGUUUCCCCCAAAAACCAAA